AUGGCUGAUUCACUAGCCAGUGUCAUAGAUCAACUCACGUCCAUAUCCCACUUCCUUUCCCAACCGCUGGUCUCCACCUUGUUCCACUACCAUCCAAACAACCUGGGCCAGUCGUCAUUCGAUCCACCACCAGAGUGGGAGGGAUGGUGGGACUGGGCAGGUGGUGAAUGCGAGGCAGAGGUUGGCACUGAACUAGAUGAUCCUUGGCUUCUCCUUCUGAAAUACUACGACUCUCGCGUAUCUGGACACGAGUGUUCAGACAAGACAUCCUCAGUACCUCCUAUCCUUCGGUCUUUGAUCAACGACGCUUGCCGUCUUGCUCUCCCUCGUGACAUAGGCUACGUCUAUCCCGAUGGUCGUUGCUCGAUAACUCAGCUGCCUAACGACCUCAAGUCACAAGCAUUGCCUGGGAUGUCUCCAAAGAAGGCGCAUGAAGUCGUUCAGAUGGUCGGCUUUCUGGAAACACUACUAUCGUUCCAAUCAUCCCUGGGCAGUCUAAAUCAUGUAGUUGACAUCGGUGCGGGACAAGCAUAUGUAUCACGCAUGCUGCGUGAUCGACUCAAUUUGCAUGUCCUUGCGCUCGACUGGAGCGAGGUUCAGAAGCGAGGUGCCUCGCGGAAGGAUGCGUCGAAGAUAGCUCGUCGAGCACGCCCAACACAACCCGAAGUCGUCAACGCCGACACUGCAUCUCCGGCGUCGGAUACGCGGAGGACUGCUCUCGGCCCCAAGGCCGGCUCCAUGACAUAUGUCACUACGAGGAUCGAUGCAGAUUCGCUUGUCUCGGCUACAGAUGCAUGGGUAGAAGAUCGUCAGGCCGUGAUAUCUAACAAUGACGCGACCCCGGAGGUUACGCCUGUACUCUUCAUCGGCCUACAUGCAUGCGGAUCCCUUACUACGGACAUUAUUCGGGCCUUCCUGUCUGCUAGGAGGGCAGGUACAUCCCUUCGUUCUACCUCAUGGAUGCCCCACGGCGCCGUCAUCGUGGGUUGCUGCUACAACUUGAUGCGGUCGGAAGAUUUCCCGCUGUCCCGGACUCUCGCCGCACAAGUGCCAUCGCAAUGGCUGCGGUCCCAGCAGAGCUUGGGCUCGGCACGGUUGGCGAUGCGGAAGAUUGCAUGGCGCGCGCUGCUCGAAGAUCAUCUUCAGGAGACGCAGGACGACGUGGGUCAUGAGCGACUCGGCUCGGAGGCGAACGACGGUGGCACCGCAGAGAUGCACAGGAACCGCAGAAAACGACUAGGCAGGCUGAAUGACCAGGCGUUCGCCAAUUGGGAGACCUUUGCCGAUGUGGUGCGAACGAAAUUACAUCUACAGCUGGCUGAUUGGUCGAGACCUCCAUCUCGAGUGGAGAGAAGGAUAGAGGUCAUGCACAUGCUUCGAUGCAUUGUAGGGCCGGUUGUGGAGGCCUACAUCUUGCUGGACCGUUUCGCGUGGAUCACAGAAGAGUUGAAGGGCACACCGAUGGCUGUUGAGCUGGUCAAUCUCUUUGAUCAAGCAAGCGGUAGCGGACGAAAUAUCGCCAUUGUGAUACAUCCAUCGUAA